AUCUCUUUACAUUUUGACUACGUGACUUUUCAACAACCGCCAGGAUAGCAGGAUAUCAUGGCAGACCUCGGUGUCAAAGCAGGAGACAAGGUGCUGUUUGUGUGGGCUCAGCCAUCGACGCCAGAAGCUUUGAAACAACAUGCAGAGGAACUGGGUGCUGUUGUUGGUGCAGAUGGACAUGUGGCUGUGGAGAACAUGGAGAGACUCCUGCUCUCUUCUCAUGCAGCAUCCUCCUUUGACUGGGUGCUGUCCUGCCUUCUCGCUGACAGCUCCUUCAUCCACACAUCAGACUCUUUAGCAGAAAUGGUCAGGGUGCUUAAACCUGGCGGCAGGCUGGUCCUUGAUGAACCAGUUACAGAUACAGAAACACAAACGGUGAAAACCGCAGAGAAACUUGUGUCAACACUGAAGUUGUCUGGCUUCAUGUCAGUAACAGAGGUCAGUAAAACAGAGCUCAGUCCAGAGGCGUUGAGCACCUUCAGAGCAGCUACUGCUUACCAAGGAAACAUUUUGUCCCGAGUGCGUAUUUCUGCCUCCAAACCAAACUACGAGGUAGGAUCAUCCAGCCAGAUCAAACUUUCCUUCGGAAAAAAGACACCUAAGCCAGCAGAUAAACCAGCCCUGGAUCCCAACACGGUGAAAAUGUGGACACUGUCAGCCAACGACAUGGAUGAUGAUGAUAUGGAUUUGUUGGACUCUGAUGCUCUGCUUGAUGAAGAUGAUUUAAAGAAACCAGAUCCAGGCUCUCUGAAAGCACCGAGCUGUGGGGAAGGAGGUGCCAAGAAGAAAAAAGCCUGCAAGAACUGCACGUGUGGACUUGCUGAAGAGUUGGAACAGGAGAGUAAAGAAAAACAGAAAACUAACCUUCCAAAAUCUGCAUGUGGGAGUUGUUAUCUUGGCGAUGCCUUCCGAUGUGCCAGCUGCCCGUAUUUAGGGAUGCCAGCGUUCAAACCAGGAGAGAAGAUUGUUCUGGACAACAACACUCUGACAGAUGCUUGAAGAUCAUUUCUCAGCUCUGCUGCUCAUGCUUCAAGACAUUACAUUCCUUUUUUAUUUUAUUGUUUUCAUCCAUCAAGACCGUGAAACAUUACGUUUUGAUGCUGUCGUGUAUAAACAGCUGAAAAAACUUUCAUAUGAGAUUCAAAUGAGCAGAAAACAGAAUUUACAAUCUAUGUCUGCGUGCGCUUAAUCACGUUUCUAAUGUGAUGUUUCAAAUUAAACAAAAAAAAAGCAAUAGUCUUGUAAUGUUACAACACAUCAAUUUACUCUGUUUAAAAACAAUUACAAUAUGAUCAA